AUGGCAAAAAUAGCGUCACUAGUGGUAGCAGUGGUUUUAGCAGUUGCCAUCCAAGGAGCUCCAUCAUCAUUUGAUGAUAUUGUUGAAGCAGCGAAGUCUGGAAACUGGGAAAUAUUUCAGUCACUUUUAAACGCAAACCUUGCCAGCAAUCCGGAGUGGAAACCUGUGGAUUUUCACAGCAUCAAAGAGUUGAAGCCACCACAAGGCGGUCAGGUGUAUGGUGAAGCUGAAUACACUUUCCAGUCUUCAUCAGACUUUGACGGCCAAAAGACUGAAGAGAGGGGUGGUCAUAAAAUCAUUAACAAUAACGGAAAGGUCAAGGAAUUUGAUUUCCAACCUUAA